UCAGACUUCGAGUCUGCUCUGUCUUCCCUACCCCACAGCUUCCAAAAGACAAGGAUCAUAGCUCUCACGGAGCCAGGCCGAGGGCCAGAGCUAGCAGAGGGCAUCUCAGUGUCUAUGGCUAUGCCUGACCUUUUCUUCCUGUCUGUCAUUUCCCAGGUACCAGCACAGGGGUGAAGGAUGCUGCUCUGGGUGUUCUUCCUCGUGACCCUCACCCUCAGCAGCGGCUCCCACGGUUCCCUGCCCUCCCAGCCUCUCAGGAUCCCACGGUACGCAGAUGCCAUCUUCACGAACAGCUACCGGAAGGUUCUGGGCCAGCUGUCUGCCCGCAAGCUACUCCAGGAUAUCAUGAACAGGCAGCAGGGAGAGAGAAACCAGGAGCAAGGAGCAAAGGUACGGCUUGGCCGUCAGGUGGACGGCGUGUGGACAGACCAGCAGCAGAUGGCACUGGAGAGCACCUUGGUGAGCCUGCUGCAGGAGCGCAGGUGGGCAUAUGUGUGUGUGCACAAGUGUGAAGGUGUGCACAUGUGUGUAUUGAGGGACCUCAGAGGCUUCUGUCCCCAAGGGUAGCCAGGAAAAGGACUCUCCUCCUCUCCAAGCAACCUGGGAACGAGGUCCCUUCUUCCAUA